GGCCGCUAUGGAGACACUCCUGGGGCUGGAGCCGUUGCAUUUAUCCAUUGAAGCUGAGGCCCUAAGAAGCGCUUACCGUAUGGGUGACGAUGUCCUCAGGAAAGCGACGAAUUUGGGACACAGUGCGAUCUUCAGAAAAUUGAAGACAGUCGAACCCAUGGGAUCAAAAGCUGAUCGAAUCAAAACUCUAAGCAUUUCGGUACCUUUUAGAACAUAUGUUCUAAAUGAGGGGCGAGAUGGUGGAGAGACUCCAUCAGCCAUCACAGGGAACUCCAUAUGGUACACGGAGGGCAUAAAAACAGCGUCGGGCACAGGCGCUGGUAUAGUCGAAAAAGGAAGAACUGGGGAAAGGAUCACCUUAAACCAGGGUACAACUACGACAGCUUUCCAAGCAAACAUCCUUGCAAUAACAAAUUGCUCCCGGAAAAUGAAGGAAAGAGCCUACACACGUAAGCACAUUACCAUCGUAACCGGAGAUGAAGCCACAAUAAAGGCAUUAGAAUCUUACACAUCAGGUCACAAUGUGUGCUAGAUUGUGUAAAAGAACUUACAACCCUGACCGGGAGCUCAAACAGAAUAAAACUCACUUGGGCAACUGGUACUAACAGGAGCAAAGAAAACGAGAUUGAUGCAGAACUUGCUAAGGCAGGGACCGAGAAACCACUGACCAACCAAGAACCUGCUUGCGGUAUAUCUCAUGCCCAAGUUAGGGUGGCAGUUGGACAGUGGAUCUUGGAACAACACAGAAAGUACUGGGAGGUGAGACCGCGACUCCAUACCGCAAAGCAGUUGGUGGGACCUCCACAACCAGUACGUAAAAACGAACUGCUAGGUUUCAGCAGGCAAAAAAUAA